AUGGCUUGUUAUUUCAAUUUAAUUUGCCUUUUUGUGUUCCUCUGCAUUAUUCUCCCAAGGAUUACAACAGAUGAAGCCACACAUUUAAACUCCACAUCAAUCAGAGAACUGCUGAUCUCCUCAUAUCAAGAGAGUCUUCAAACUGUACAGGAAGCCUCAAUCCACUCUCGACAACAACGAAGCUCACCCUCAUCUUCCAUGCAUGUGUUUACAUUCUUUCGGCAAACCGAGCCUGAGACCCUGGAGACUUCCCGAGCUGCAGAGGUUUUUCAAACAACUCUGCAAGUCCUAAAGAACAGAGUUAGGCAGAGAUUUAAAAGGGAUGUCACAGUACCAGAGUUGCUUUCCUGGGAGGAUGUGGAGCUGAUUGCAGAGCUGUCUCAAUGUCCGCCUGUAACGCAUCCAGCCAUCUGUCUGAAUAGUCAUCUCAACAAGUACCGCUCCAUAUCUGGCAUCUGCAAUAACAGGCAAAAUCCUCUUUGGGGAGCAGCCAACACUCCCUUGGUCAGGUGGCUUCCAGCUGAAUAUGAAGACGGAGGGAGAGAACCCAAGGGUUGGAACCGAGGAUGGCUCCAUAAUGGAUUCCAACUUCCCUCGACAGGAGAUACUAUCACUGGAGUACAAAGCUGCAUGCCGUUUUUUCGCUCCAGACCAGCCUGCUUCAUUAAUUUUGGGUCUGAUAUUCAACAAGCUCUGCAGCGACAACAGAUGAACGUCAUCACAUCAUUUAUAGAUGCUUCAGGUGUGUAUGGCCACACUCCAAAGCUGGAGAGCUCCCUCCGUGACCUCUCUGGCCUCAAUGGGAAACUUGCUGUCAACGACCAAUUCAGGGAUCCCAAAGGAAGACCUUACCUUCCAUUCAUAGCCACUCAGCCUCACUCAGUGCCAUCAGCCUGCCAACAGGGUCCACAUGGGGAGAGAGUGGAGUGUUUCAGUGCUGGAGACAGUCGGGUUAAUGAGGGUCUGCCCCUGAUCUGUUUGCAUGUACUGUGGCUUAGGGAACACAAUCGGAUUGCAGAGGCACUGAAACACAUUAAUGGUCAUUGGAGCCCAGAGACUAUUUACCAAGAAACACGCAAGAUUAUUGGAGCUCUGCAUCAGAUCAUAACCAUGAGAGAUUAUGUUCCAAAAAUUAUUGGCCAGGAGGCUUUUGAACAUUACAUUGGACCCUACAGGGGAUAUGAUCCAACCACAGACCCCUCAGCCUCCAAUGUGUUCGCCACUGCUGCAUUCAGGUUCGGCCAUGCUACCAUCUCUCCAAUCCUCAUGAGACUGAAUGAGAGCUUCCAGAGGCAUGAGCACUUCCCCCACUUGAGAAUAUCCAAUUCUCUCUUCAGUCCAUGGAGAAUAGUCAAAGAAGGUGGGAUUGAACCAGUCCUGAGAGGUGCAUUUGGAAGUGCAGCAUCAGCUGUUAGCGCAGACAUGCUCCUAACAGAGGAGUUAACAGAGAGUCUGCUCAUCUUUAAUGUGACACAGCACAUGGACCUGGCUGCACUGAACCUGCAGAGAGGACGAGAUCAUGCUCUCCCAGGAUACAAUGCCUGGCGAUCCUUCUGUGGACUGAGGCGCAUCAAGACACUGGAUGAUUUCAAAAAGGUUGUGAGAGACUACAGGGUCACUGAGCGGAUAGCACAAAUAUACAAACAUCCCGACAAUAUUGAUGUCUGGCUUGGAGGGCUUGUUGAGUCCAUGUUGCCGGGCUCAAGAACUGGACCCCUCUUUGCAUGCCUGAUUGGAAAGCAGAUGAAAGCGCUUCGUGAUGGCGAUAGGUUUUGGUGGGAGGCUGAAGGUAUGUUCAGCCAGCAACAAAAGGCAGAGCUUUUUAAAGGUUCCCUGUCUCGAAUCAUCUGUGACAACAGUGACAUAAGGAAACUCCCCCUUGAUCCUUUCAUGUUCGGGAAAUACCCCUAUGACUACGUUUCUUGUGAUCAAAUGCCAUUUAUUAAUUUGGGAGCUUGGAGGGAGGAAAAGAGCCAAGACUUAAAACAGUGUGGCACUCCGAGAAAGAUAAAGAAUGGGGAUUUUAUUUUGUCCUCUUCAUAUGGCAAACUGGUUGCUCUGUACUCCUGUUACCAUGGUUUCAAGUUAAAGGGUGCUGCUGCUAUAGUUUGUGAGGGAAAUCGAUGGAGUGAUCAACCCCCACAAUGUACAGUAGGCCCUUCAAUGGACCCGCUGCAGUUUGCCUACCAGCCUGACAUUGGGGUGGACGAUGCCGUCAUCUUCCUCCUGCAUAGAGCUCUUUCCCACCUGGAGAAGACUGGAAGCUCUAUAUGUGCUGCAGUGGACAUGCUGGCAGAGGAGCUGUCCUGUGAAAGGGGUGAAAAUGCAAGCUUACCAGAGGACAAAUCCAGGGAGGUGGAACAAAGCCUCGGACAGAUUGUGAAGUCAACUUUUAAAGUCCUCUUUCAACUGAUAUGUGCCGCAGUGGACAUGCUGGCAGAGGAGCUGUCCUGUGAAAGGGGUGAAAAUGCAAGCUUACCAGAGGACAAAUCCAGGGAGUUGGAACAAAGCCUCGGACAGAUUGUGAAGUCAACUUUUAAAGUCCUCUUUCAACUGGGUGCCAAUGAGUCUGGAUUCAAUGUUCUGGAUACGUUUGGAGUCCUGGACAGUCUAAAUCUGGGUAACCACAGUGACCUAAGAUUCAUCAGACGGUGGUUCUCAGUAAAAAUGGCUCCUCUUCUGCCCUAUGUUGAGGAAAACUUCCUGACCCAGCUGAGCAGUCAAAACUUUAGCUGCACUUCUUUCCAAGAAUUGUAA